AUGAUACAAUUUAAUAAAACACGAAUAAAAGCAGCAGAGAAGGAAUUACUCGUUGAACAAGCAAAAAUACAAGCUGAACAAGCAAAAAUACAAGCUGCACAUGCAAUCGAAAGCGCAGCAGAAAAGGAAUUACUUGUUCUAGAAGCAAAAAGAGUCUUAGUGCAUGACAAACGAGCAAGAGACAACGAAGAGUACAAUGAUACAAAACGAAUAAAAACAAAACACGAAGGAAGUCCUUGUUCAUCUACUUCUCAAUGUAGUUCAUCAAUGAGCCAUCGUAAUUUUUACAAGUCGUUUGUAAAAGAUGGUAUUAAGUCAUUCAAUAUUGAAGAUGUAAUAAAUAAUUAUGAUGGUGUUAAUGAAGAAAUGAUAGAAUUUAUUAAAUCUGAUUUGAGUAAAUGCGAAUCAAAUAAUAUAUACGAACGUGGCGUUCAAAACAUAUUUAAUGAUUUAAUGCCUAAAUUUUUGUCUCAAUUUAUUAAUUCAACAUCGUUGAAAUAUUUAAAGACAUCUGACAUACGAUGUUUGCGUGGUUAUAAACCUGAUUGUGCUUUUACAUUCAAAAAUGUUAAUAUUAAUCUGGAAAAACAACAUGAAGUUUUAGAAGAUUUUAUCAUUUGCCUUGGUGAAUUCCAAAAACCAACAUCGCUUAUUCAUAAUACAUCCAAAGCUGACAAUUUGUUUCGUUAUAUGAAUGCUACAUUAGACGCACAACAACGUGAAAAAAUUUAUGGUUUUAUAACAAAUAUUAACACAAUACAAUUUUUUUAUGCUGAAAAGAAAAAUAAUCAAGAUACUGUUUAUUAUGAAAGUCAAAUCUUAGUGUUAUGUAACUUACCUGAAAUAUCAGAAUCAUCAUCAAUAACAGGAUCAUCUGUUAGAGAAAAACAAACAAUUGAAGAAUUUAAUUUUAAUGAUGAAACAGUUAAAUUAUUUAUAAAAUUUUUCAUAAUGGAUCCGAAUUUUUAUCAAUAUACAAAAUUAAAUAUUAAUCCUAAUGAUUAUUUACAUGGUGAUAUAUAUUAUAUAACAAUGAAAUUAGGAUUUGGUGCAACUUCAAUCGUUUAUUUAUUACAAAAUAUUAAAAAUAAUAAAGAUGCAGUAUUAAAAAUUUCUAAACAUGAUGAUUAUUCUGUUUAUUUUCAAAAUGAAGUUCAAAUAUUAAAAAAAUUAAAAAAAUUCAAUAUUUUAAAUAAAUUUGAUUUAUUUUUUGAAAAUAUUAUUGAUUCAUCAUCUUCAGGUAAAUUUAUUAUGUUUGAACAGCGUUUAUAUAAAUUGACAGAAUUCACAUUACAUCAAUCAAAACAACUUAUUGAUGUUAUUGAAUAUUUAUAUAAAUGUAAUAUAAUACAUCGUGAUAUACGUCCAACAAACAUAAUGGUGGAUCUUUUUGGAAAGCAUAUAAAAUUAAUUGAUUUUGGUUUUGCAAAAGAAUUUGAAACAAAUGAAAUAGAAAAAAACUUACUUAUUGAAGGAACAAUUUCCUAUGGUCAUUUGAAAUUUCUGUAUUCUUUUUUUGAAGAAGAACAAGAUGAUUCAUUAACUGUUACACAUUAUAAAUAUGAACGAACAUUUGAUCUUUAUUGUGCAAUAAAUGUCAUUAUUUGUAUGACGCAUGGAGAAUUUGAUAAAAAAUUGCGUUCAGCUAAACGUGAAUCAACUGAUCAACAUGGAGUAUCAAAGGUAUAUAAUUUGUGGUUGAAAUUAAAAGAAAAUAAUGAAAAUUAUUCAGAAUUAUUAAAAUUAAUCGACAAUUCAAAUGGAUCACCAUAUUUUAAUAUUAUUAAAGAUAAUUUAGAAAAACUUGAAGAACUUAAAUAUUAA